AGGCUGCAAUCACAUUCCAGUGCGUUAUGGUCAGAGAUCCCGGGGGCUCCCUCUUCUGGAUUCGCCUCUGGUUUCGGGGCUCAGGUGAUGUGCAGGGAGGUAGUCUGCCUUCUCCUAAUCGGUGCUGUGUUGGUAACUGCCGGUGUGUGAGAGCAGAGUGGGGCUGCAGGCUGUGCCAAAGCUCAAUAUGGGGGAUGUGACACUUAUGACAAGUCCCCGGAUAUCCAAAACAUCUAUAGACCUUCCCCAUGCACAGUUGUCUCUGCCCACGGCAGCACCAGCCUUCACCCUGCCACCGAGGAACUGCCGCGUGUCCGUCGGAAGCACCGCCAGGUUUGAUGUCAAGGUUAAUGGACGCCCGGACCCGUGGGUCACCUGGUACAGAAAUUCGCAGCCUGUGCAAAACAGUGAUCGAUGUAAAGUGGAGCAGGGAAUCCGGGGCAAUUUCUCCCUUGUGAUCAAAAAUACCACUGAAGGUGACAGUGGCAAGUACACGUGUGAGGCUGUCAAUGAUGGCGGUGUCCGACAGGUGACAGUAGAACUUACUGUUGAAGGUAGUUCUGCAAUGAAAUACAGCCUGCCUUCCAACACAAGGACUCUGGGUGGUCACUCUUCAGUUCCUCCAGUAGAAAACCGUCCAAGUAUUUGGGGUGACAGUCCUCCCAGAUUCAUUACUAAGCCGGCUCGCAUGGUUGUGAGAGAGGGUCAGACAGGUCGGUUCUCCUGCAAGAUAACAGGAAGACCCCAGCCGGAGGUUACUUGGUACAAGGAAAAUGAUGAGAUGCAUCCAGGGGAACGCUACACCAUAACUGAGAAAUCGGGAUUUCAUUUCCUUGAGAUAUAUGGAGUGGGUGUGGCCGACGCAGGAACAUACACCUGCUCCGUGUCAAACUGCUCUGGGAAAACCUCUGUGUCAGCAGAACUUGUUGUUCAAGGUUCUGAAAAGAUGGAUGGUGGCUCUCUGAGGGUUGGAGGCAACAUCAUUCCCACAACUAGAACCAUUGAAUCCAAAUCUGUGACCACGAAUGGCCUUAACGAAAGAGGAAAAUUAUCAAGUUCAGGAUUCUCCUCUGGAACUAAAGUUUUGCACAAAGAGAAAGUGGACAUGUCUCCGACAGGGAACACUGAUACGCCUUCCAAAAAGAUUGUGCCCAUUUCCAACAAAGACCCAUCUUCUCCCUUUCAGACCAUGUCCAACAGUUUUUCCUCAGAUCUUUCCAGAGGAUCCAGCAGUACUUCCCCUUGCCUCCCAGCACACAACACAAAGCAAGACAAGGAUUCCCAGGUCUCCUCUAUAACCUCACGUUACACAUCCACUAUCGAAUCAAAAGUUAGAUUUCCUAAAGAGACUCCCCCUGUUGUCCAUUCCACAUCAAUAGUGCCUUUCCCUGGCAAACAGACAUCCUCCCAAUCCCCCAUAGAAUUAUACCCUGUUUCCAUUACAAAGACAAACCCUGUGGCUUUGCGACAGUCUAGUAACAUUGACUCUAAAAUAAAGAUGUUUUCAUCAAAAGAUAAAACAAACACAAAAGAGCCAUCUGUUCUUGGUGCAUCUGUACUGGACUCAAAGACGAGGAAUGUUCCAUUGAAAGGACCUGAAAAUAUUUUCCAGAAAGAGCCACAGUCCCUCAAGGAACCCACCCAGGAAUAUUUAAAAGCAUCAAGGUCUGACCAAAUUCUUUCAGAUGUAUCUGAUGGUUUGUCUUUCACACCUUCCAAAAAGUUAUCUUCUAUAACAAACAAAGAGACUCCUCUCUUGUCACCAAAGGAACGAAUAGUUGAGCCCACUAUAAAAUCAACUUGCAGUACCUCUAAGGACACACAUUCAGUGUCAAUGGCUACUGGGUAUCCAACUUCCAGACAUGACAUGACUAAAGAGACCCAUUCAAAUGUUAUAACACAUGUCCCAUCUAGACAGGUAACUAACGUGACCCUCAGUGAGAGCUUGAAGCCACAGAAGACCUCAGAACUUAGUUCUACAAAGACGUUUACCAAAUCUAGAGAAUCUGAAUCUAGAACCUAUGGUACUAAAAGCAGCAUCCUGUCUGAAUCAAGUAAUUUGCAUCACCCUGAUAGCACGCAACAUACGGCUGAGCCUUCUCCAGAUGGUGGGGAGAUAAAAUGGCAGAAGACAACCUCCAGUACCAUCACCCUGAAGUCUAUCAAGUUAGAAACCCAGCCAAAGUCUAGCAUUAGUCAUGGUGAGAGGAGGCAGAAGGAUGGGAAACAGGAAUCACUUCCCUUGAGCCAAGAUGGGUUUCAUUCACGCCCCAAGGUGUCAGACACAAGAGAAACCUUGAACAAAAGCCUUGGAACAGUACCCAGCUUUGACCUGAGUCCCUCAAGCCAAGAAGUGCUGGAGGGCAGUGAAGUAAUAUUCAGGUGUAAAGUUUCAGGAGAUCCCAGACCACGGGUCGAGUGGUACAAAGAUAAUUCCGUGCUGGGGGAGAGGGACGGUGUGCGUAUCAGGGAAGGAGCUUGGAUUCACUCUCUGCACUUGCUGAAGACACAGACAGGAGACAGUGGAAAUUACAGCUGUGAAAUCUCCAACACGAGAGGGCAGGCGGCUCAUAGUUGGACCCUGAGCGUCAAGCGGAGCAAGAUGGAAGAGGUUGUGCCUUGUUUUGUCCACAAGCUAAAGGGCUGCUCCGUUAUGGAAGGGGAAGAUUUUGUGUUGGAGUGUUCGGUUGAGGGGCAACCUGCUCCUGAGAUAAUUUGGCUGCUGAAUGACCAACCCAUCCAGUAUGCCCACUCUUCAUAUGAAGAUGGGGUGGCAAAGCUGCGGGUUCAAGAUGCCCUGCCAGAGGAUGAGGGAGUCUAUAUGUGCCUGGCGCAGAACAGCAGUGGAAAGGUGUCCUGCUCUGCAACAGUCACUGUGACUGAAAAGAAAGCUGUGGAAGAGCAAGGGGCCAGCCGAGAGCCUAAGAGCUGCGCUCCUGUUUUCAUAAAGUCCCUAACUGAUCUGCAGGUUAUGGAUGGAAGUCAAGUUGUAAUGACAGUGGAAGUGUCAGGGAACCCCCCUGCUGAGAUCCUUUGGUUCCAUAACGGAAAAGACAUUCAGGAGACGGAAGAUUUUCAUUUUGAGCAGAGUGGUAACGAGCACCGUCUGUGCAUCCAAGAAGUCUUCCCUGAGGACACAGGAACCUACACAUGCAAAGCAUGGAAUAGCUUGGGACAAGCUACAACUGAGUCUACCUUAACUGUACAAGAGCCACAGGAAGGAAUCCAGCCAUGGUUUAUCAGCAAACCAAAAUGCACAAGUGCUUCAAUGGGGCAGAAUGUAGUCCUGUCCUGUGCCAUUGCUGGGGAUCCUUUCCCGCAAGUACAGUGGCUGAAAGAUGGUCAUGUGCUUCCCCCCAGCAAGAUCCUGCAGAGUGAUGAUGUCUUCACACUUAUCCUCAGAAACGUCCAGCAGAAUGAUGGCGGCCACUAUGAGAUCAAGCUGAAGAACGCGGUGGGAGAAUGCAGCUGCCAGGUUUCUCUGAUGGUCGAGGGAAGCUCUGGGGGUCACUCUCAUACACAGCAGAGGGAGCAGCUGUGCUUUUCCGAGAGGGAUGGAUGGGACGAGGAGGAUGCACUGAGUCUUGGCACGAGAACUGAAGAGGAUCAGGAGAUUAUUCGAGGGGUGCUCAAGAGGAGAGUUGAGGUCAAGGAAAGCUCAGAGGAGAAACUCAGGCAGCAGGAGGUGGAACAAGUUGACUUCCGCAGGGUUUUGGGGAAAAAGGUGAGCACAAGGAGUGUUUCUGAGGAGGAUUUGAAGGAUAUCCCACCAGAGCAGAUGGACUUCCGAGCCAACCUCCAGAGGCAGGUGAAACCUAAGGCCCUGUCCGAGGAUGAACGCAAGGUCAAUAGCCCACAGCAGGUGGACUUCCGUUCUGUGCUGGGCAAGAAGCCAUCAACUCCCAAAACCCCUCUUCCAGAGAAGGUGAUUACCAAGGUUGCAACUCCUGACUUCAGGUCUGUCCUAGGUGCUAAGAAAAAGGUGCCCACUGAGAAUGGAAGUCCUAACAAUGUUGCACAUGAGAAUGCAAAGCCUGUGGUCAUGGGGGGUAAAUCAGAGGUGAAUUGCUGCCCAGUAGUGGAUGGGGAGGUAGGCAAGAAUAGUGUCUCAGGUACAGCCAAGAGUAGUGUUCCAAGUGUAACCAAGAACAGUGCCCCAAAUGCAGCCAAAACCAGUGUUCCAAGUGCAGAUAAGACCAGUGUCCAAGGUGUGGACAAGACCAGCACUCCAGGUGCAACCAAGACCAUUGCCCCAAAUGCAUCCAAGACCAUUGCCCCAAGCGUGGAAAAGGCCAUUGCCCCAAGUGCAGAAAAGACCAUUGCCCCAAGUGCGGAAAAGACCAUUUCCCCAAGGGCGGAAAAGACCAUUGCCCCAAGUGCAGAAAAGACCAUUGCCCCAAGUGCGGAAAAGACCAUUGCCCCAAGUGCGGAAAAGACCAUUGCUCCAAGUGCGGGAAAGACCAUUGCCCCAAGUUUGGAAAAAGCCAUUGCCCCAAGUGUGGACAAGACCAUUGCCCCAAGUGCGGAAAAGACCAUUGCCCCAAGUGCGGGAAAUACCAUUUCCCCAAGUGUGGAAAAGACCAUUGCCCCAAGUGCGGGAAAGACCAUUGCCCCAAGUGCGGGAAAGACCAUUGCCCCAAGUGCGGAAAAGACCAUUGCCCCAAGUGGGGACAAGGACAGUGCCCCAAGUGGGGACAAGGACAGUGCCCCAAGUACAGCCACAAAACCAGAGUUUUUGGAGGUAUUGCAGGAUGUACAUGUUACUGAUGGGGAAAAGCUGGUGUUACAGUGCCAAGUCAAAUCUGAACUACCGCCAACUAUCACAUGGACUCUGGACGGAAAAGUCAUCAAAUCCUCCAAGUACAUUGUACUGUCCCAAGAAGGGUCUCUGUGUUCCCUCAGCAUCGAGAAGACCUUUCCAGAAGAUGAGGGCCAGUACCUGUGUGUAGCAGAGAAUUCAGCCGGGAAGGCAGAUUGCUCCUGUAAUGUCACAGUAGAAGAUACCUCUGGCAACAAGGGGAUUAAGAAGAGUAAGAAACCCAGAAGCAAUGCUCCUCUCUCCAACGCAACAGAAAAUGAAGCUACUAUUAAGAAGAAGCCAGCUCCGAAGACCCCUCCUAAAGCAGCAUCUGCCCCUCAGAUUCUUCAGUUCCCGGAAGAUAGAAAGGUUAAAGCAGGGGAGUCUGUUGAACUUAUGUGCAAGGUGGCAGGGACCCAGCCCAUUACCUGCAUGUGGAUGAAGUUCAGGAAAGAGAUUAAAGAAAGCGAAUUUAUCAAGAUUGAGAACACAGAAGAGACCAGUAAGCUGACAAUUUCCUCGGCCCGCCAGGAGCACUGCGGCUGCUACACGCUGGUGGCUGAGAACAAACAAGGCAGCAAACAAGCACAAGUUAACUUGACUGUGUUUGAUAAGCCUGACCCACCUGCUGGGGUGCCCUGUGCCUCUGUUAUGAAGAAUUUAGCUCUCACCUUGUCAUGGUAUGGCCCCACAUACGAUGGUGGCAGUGUGGUUGAGUCCUACACGGUGGAGAUCUGGGAUUCCGUGGACAAGGUCUGGACAGAUCUGACCUCCUGCCGCAGCACCUCCUUCAACUUGGAGAAUUUAUUGCAGGACAGAGAAUACAAGUUCCGUGUCCGGGCCACCAACAUUCAUGGCACCAGCGAACCCAGCCAGGAGUCAGAACCAGUUACCUGCAAGGAGAAGGAAGAAGAACAUAAAGAAGAAGAGGCAGAAGUUUCAGAUGAGGAGAAGGAAUCUGAGCCAGAAUAUAGGGAUGUCACUCUCAACACCACCGAGAAGGUGACAGAGUAUUACGAUGUGGAAGAGAGACUGGGCACGGGCAAGUUCGGACAAGUAUUCAAAAUUGUAGAGAAGAAGAGUAAGAAAAUCUAUGCCGGGAAAUUCUUUAAAGCCUAUUCUGCCAAAGACAAGGAGGGGAUCAGGCAGGAGAUUGCCAUCAUGAACUGCCUGCAUCACCCCAAACUCGUUCAGUGUUUUGCUGCCUUUGAGGCCAAGGCUGACAUGGUGAUGGUCCUUGAACUGGUCUCAGGUGGGGAGCUCUUCGAGCGAAUCAUUGAUGAGGAUUUUGAGCUGACAGAACGAGAGGUGAUUAAGUACAUGAAGCAAAUCUCCGAUGGGGUCGAGUUCAUCCACAAACAGGGAAUUGUACACCUCGACCUGAAACCAGAGAACAUCAUGUGUGUCAAUAAGACAGGGACCAAAAUCAAACUCAUUGACUUCGGUCUCGCCCGGAGAUUAGAGAGCUGCCCAAACCUCAAAGUGCUUUUUGGAACCCCUGAAUUUGUAGCCCCUGAAGUCAUAAACUAUGAGCCCAUUGGUUACUCCACUGACAUGUGGAGCAUUGGCGUCAUCUGCUACAUCCUGGUUAGUGGACUUUCUCCAUUCAUGGGGGAUAAUGACAAUGAAACGCUGGCAAAUGUAACUUCAGCCACUUGGGACUUUGAUGAUGAAGCUUUUGAUGAAAUAUCUGAAGAUGCCAAAAACUUUAUCAGCAGUUUGUUGAAGAAGGACAUGAAGAAACGGCUGAACUGCACCCAGUGUCUCCAGCAUCCAUGGCUGCAGCAGGACACUGCUACAAUGGAGGCCAAGAAACUCUCAAAAGAGAGGAUGAAGAAAUAUAUGGCUCGGAGGAAAUGGCAGAAAACUGGGCAUGCGGUGAGGGCAAUCGGACGUCUCUCUUCUAUGGCCAUGAUCUCUGGGUUAAGUGGCAGGAAGUCAUCAGGCAGUGCCCCAACCAGUCCUCUGUCUGCAGAGCUAGAAACCACUGAAGAAGACAAUCAGGCUUUCCUGGAAUCUGUGACAGAGGAAAAACCCCCUGCAAAACCUUUCUUCACAAAGACUAUUCUGGAUAUUGAAGUUGUGGAAGGCAGCGCCGCUAGGUUUGACUGCAGGAUUGAAGGUCACCCGGACCCAGAGGUGAUUUGGUACAAGGAUGAACUGCCAAUCAAAGAAUCUCGCCACUUCCAGAUAGAUUAUGAUGAGGAUGGCAAUUGCUCCCUUACUAUUUCGGAGGUAUGUGGCGAUGAUGAUGCCAAGUACACCUGCAAAGCCGUCAACAGCCAGGGGGAGGCGACCUGCACUGCUGAGCUCAUUGUGGAGGUAAUGGCAGAGGAACAAGAGGAGGAAGAAGAAGAAGAAGAAGAAGAGGAAGAAGAGUAAACAAGGACUCCACCUGGAGCAUUAACAGCACCCCACACAGGGAAUUCAACCUUUCAGUCCCCAGAAAGACAUUUCAUUUUUUUUUUCCAUAACAAAAGUGAUGUGAUAACAUUUCUAUGUAGAUAUCACUAUUUGGAGCUUAGAUUCUCAGCCCGAUACAAUGAGAUGCAGGGGCAUUACCAAAGCUCAGCCGUAAAUUCCAGAAUGCCGGAACUCGGCUGUUCUGCGCCUGUGGCAGAUUCCCCAGGUCUAAUUGGAGACUGACAUGACACGACAGAAACUUGCUGGAUCUCCAGGGCCUUCUCUGCACUUACUAGAUAUGGUCCAGGACAGGGGGAUAGUGGGGGGAUGAGUGUGAGUAUUUAAGAAGUUUUGAAUGUCUGAGAGCCCUAAUGAGACAGCAGAGCACAGAAGAGCAUUACUGAAACAUAACAAGGCCAUUAGGGCAGACGGAUGUAACUUUCCCAUAGGUACUUUAGUACUACAGAUUUAGUACUGAUGCCUUAACACUUGAACUCCUUACACAGGACACACCUUUGGUUUCUAGAUGCCCCAUAAUAGAAAGCAGUGAGAGUCAUUAUUCCAUGAAUAGGGUUAGAGUUUCCCUGUUAGGAAUAUAAUUCCCCAUGUAGAGUUCUUACUGCUGAUAACAAGGAAGGUUCUGUCAUUUAUGGGUGAUGCUUGUAAAACUGCAUUCUGUCCCUUUAAACACAAACCAAAUUAGAUCCCAAAGGCCGGCAUCACUCUAAAAGACCAAAGGGCCAAGCUGAAAGAUGUCAGACUCUUGGCUCGCCUUUGUCUCAAAUCAGAUUGGCUCUCUGAUAUUAUGAUGUCACAAUCUAGUCAUGAUUUGGGUAGAGAUCAGUAAUCAAGGCAAAAUGUUAUCCUCUAACAUUCAGAACCCUGGGGUGUAAGUGCAGAGGAAGCUCUGUAAGAUGAAGCAAUAAAUCCAACACUUUUUAUUCCAUGUGUGCAGCUCAAAUGAACCACUCUUUGGGUCUGUCAAUAUAACCAAGAACUUGGGGAAUGUUCUCUCUUCUUCUACGUGACGUGAGAUUCACAUUCAGAUUUUACUUCACAUUAUAAGCACUUUGUUUUCUUUAUUACCGAGGUCACGCCUGGCGUUGGGGGGGGGGGUGAGACGUUCCACUUGGCCUGUGUGCCAUGAUAAGUGUGUGCAUGUGUCUGUGUUGAUACGUGUGUCAGAAGCAUUGCCUGGGGGGGGCACUCUUCCUUUCACUACAAACUGUACAGUACCAGGAUGCUGGGAAUCUCAAGUGGGGGGGCAGAUUUAUUAGAGUGAUGGGAGUAAGAUCAGAAAGGUCUGUUGGAAUUUAACUCUCCAUUAUAGGCCACUUCCUUGUAAUAUUCCCACAACUGCACCCAAACCCAGCCAACAAAUCCUCAAAAUUGUGUUUUAUACUACAUACAGUACUUUUUAAAGGCCAAAAUUUAUAUUCUGUGAAAAGUGGUUUCCUCCAAACUAAGUAGGCUAUAAUUGACAUUUCCCUAUUUUAAUUUUAAAAAGACGUCGAUGAUUGUUGUGUGUGAAAGUGGAGCCCGAAGGCAAGCUCCAUUCAAUAUUUGUCCUAUAGAGCUGUUUAUUCUACUCUCCAGCCUUAUAUUUAUUGACUUGUCUGGUUGCUACGGUGCCAAUGACCCUUUUAGGCCUGAUAAAAAAAACAAGUUAAAUAUUAAAUAAAUAAUAUUAAAAUGUAACCUCUUCUUUCUGGUUGCUGCUGUUACUCACCCUAGCAGCAGGACAGCUGGAUGACAUUUGAGAGAACAGAAAGGCAAAUAAGACAAACAAACUGAUGAGAUAGCCAAACCCUUAGGUGAACUUCCACUUUAAAUGUGGCAUUGGGUUCCCAUGUAAGGGCAGUCCAAUAAGAAUCUUUAUUGAGUUCUUAGUAUUUUUAGCUAAUCUGACAUUUUUGGCCCCAGGUAAGAAUGAUCAUUUUUUAUACAGAUGGUUGGAUGUCGCCCCCAAGUGUAACCAGCUUGGUAGACAAGAGGUUAAACCCCAGUCUAAGGCAUAUUCUGCAUUAUUCCCCCCUGUCCCCUUGUGCAGAUACGCUCUGCCCCCACAGAAUGGACACGGUUCUGUAUAUGGAAAGGUUUUUACGUGUACAAAUGUCACUAGAUAGAAAUGCGCUCGCCUAUUAUUAUUAUUAUAAUUAUUAUGUGUUUUUCUGAUGUAUUUUAUUGAAAAUGCACAAUUCUUCCUUUUUUCUGUCAGUUUGUAUAAGAAUUUUGGGGAGACAAGAUGCGACUGAUGUAGUUGCUCACAUUAUAAGUAAAGGUAUCACACAGCAUGCUUUCUAUAA